AAUGUCACUUGUUAGAUAUAUUACUAAUGUAAGGUGAAGUAAAUAAUUGUUAUUUAAACUUUUCGGUCCUAUACCUAUGAUAUAGUGAUAUUUUAUUUGUUAGCAUUUCAUAUUUGAACAACAAAAAUGUCUGAUGAAUUGCAAAAUUAUCAACUACAACUGCAACAAGUAGAGGCUGCUCUUUUGACUGAUCCAAAUAAUCAAGAACUACAAAAGCUCAAAAUCGAUUUGAAUGAGGUGAUAGAACUCACUUUAGACCUCAAAAAUAAAGCUGAAGAAGCUGCCAAUCAACCUGAAUACACCGAACCAGUAGGAGUUGCAGAAGAUGAUGAAAUUACAAAAUCUCUUCUUGCUGUUGAAGAGUUUGUUGCAAGAAAUAGAGCUAAAAAAAUGUGGAGGCUUGGUGACACGUGCAUGGCCAAGUGGAAUGAUAAUGGACAAUACUAUGAAGCUAGGAUAGAUGCUAUAAAUCCAGACGGACAGGUCAGAAACGAGUACUUUCAGAAUCGGAAAAGAUAAAGAAAGCAAAAAUGCACAACAAAGAAUAUCUAAA